AUGUCUAUUGAAUCACCACUACACUUGUACAAUCUAACCCUUCAAAGACAAUCAAAUUCUUUAAAAUCAUGUGUUGGUAAUUUUAGUGGUAAAAAAACUCAAGAAAUUAUAACUGCAACUUCAAAUUCUUUAAUUGUUUAUAAACCAAAUGUUGAAACUGGUAAAUUGGUUAAUUUAUUAAAUGUUCAAAUAUUUGCUAUCAUUAGAUCUAUGGAAAAUUUUAAAAUUGCAGGUUCUGGAAAAGAUUAUUUAGCUAUAACUUCAGAUUCUGGUAAUUUUUCAAUAUUAGAAUUAGAUUUAAACAAUGGGAAAUUUAAUACACUGUUUAAUGAACCUUAUCAUAAAUCUGGUAUAAGGAGAUUAUCACCAGGUCAAGAUCUUGCAGUAGAUCCAAAGGGGAGAGCCAUAUUAGCUACUGCAAUAGAGAAGAAUAAACUUUGUUAUGUUUUCAAUAGAGAUUUAGAUAAUAAUUUAACUAUAUCUUCACCUUUAGAAGCAAAUAGAUCCAAGAUUUUAACUUUAACUUCAAUUGGUUUAGAUGUUGGUUAUGAAAACCCCGUAUUUGCCACUAUAGAAAUUGAUUAUUCAAAUUAUGAAUAUAUUGAAAAUUUAACUGAAGUGGAAAGAUUUUUAACAUUUUAUGAAUUAGAUUUAGGUUUAAAUCAUAUAGUUAGAAGGAAAACUGAAAAAAUUCAUGAUUCUUCGAAUUUAUUAUUACAAGUUCCUGGUGGUAAUGAUGGACCAUCUGGUGUUUUAGUAUGUUCUAAAAAUUUAAUUUCAUAUAGAAAUUUAAUUGGUGAUAAAGUUUCUAUAAAUAUACCCAAACUAGAAAAUUCAUCAAAUCAGGAUUCAUUUAUAGUGGCUGGUGUUGUUCAUAAGAUGAAGAAUCAAUUUUUCUUUAUAGUACAAACUAAUCAUGGUGAUUUAUUUAAAAUUGAAUUAUUAGAAGAAGGUUCAAUAACUAUAAGUUAUUUUGAUACAAUUCCAUUAGCUUCAUCAAUUAUAAUUUUAAGAUCUGGGUUUUUGUAUUGUGAUAGUGAAUAUGGAUCAAAAUUUUUUUAUCAAUUUGAAAAAUUAGGUUCUGAAUCACCAUUUAUUUCUUCUAAUGAUGAACCAAUUGAAGAAUUAACAUUUGAAAGAACUGAAGAAUUGGAUAAUUUAUUAUUAGUUGAUGUUUUGGAUUCAUUGAAUCCUUUAAUCGACUCUAAAUUAGUUAAUGAUGAUGCUUUUACCAAAAUCUAUUCAUUAUCAGGUGUUAAAGAUUCUUCAUCUUUAAAAAUUUUACAAUAUGGUUUAAGUAUAAAUGAAAUUGUUGAAAGUGAUUUACCAGGGAUUGCAAAUAAAGUUUGGACAACUAAAUUAAACAAAAAUGAUGAAUUUGAUAAAUAUUUAGUUAUAUCAUUUAUGGAUACUACUUUAGUACUUUCAAUUGGUGAAAAUGUUGAAGAAAUUACAGAUUCUGGAUUAGCUUUAAAUGAAGAAACUAUUGGUAUACAACAAAUUGGUAUAAAUUCAUUAGUUCAAAUCCAUUCGAAUGGGAUUAGAAACAUUAAAAAUGGUGAAUUAAUUAAUGAAUGGCAACCUCCUGCAGGUAUUAAGAUCUUAACAACAUCAACAACAAAUCGUCAAAUUGCAAUUGGUUUAUCAAAUGAUGAAUUAGUUUAUUUUGAAGUUGAUGAUAGAGAUCGUUUAAUUGAAUAUAAUGAACGUAAAGAAUUAACUUCAAGAAUUGUUUCAUUAUCAUUAGGUGAUAUACCCGAAGGUAGAUUAAGAUCUCCAUUUUUAAUUGUUGGUUGUCAAGAUUCUACAAUAAGAGUAUUAUCAACAGAUCCGGGUUCAACUUUAGAAUUAUUAUCAUUACAAGCUUUAAGUUCAAUUCCUUUUGAUAUCUUAACAUUAUCUAUGAAUAAUCAAUUAUUUGUUAAUAUUGGAUUAGAAAAUGGGGUUUAUGUACGUACAUUAAUUGAUGAACAAAAUGGUCAAUUAUCUGAUACAAGAAUUAAAUAUUUAGGUAAUAAACCUGUUUCAUUAAGUAAAAUUUCAAUAUCUGGUGUUAAUGUUGUAUUAGCAUUUUCUAAUAAGACAUGGAUUGUUCAUGAAACUAAAAAUUCAACAUUUAAGAUUAAUUCAUUAUUAAUAAAUCCAUUAAAAUUUGGAUUUAUGUUUAAUAGUGAAGAUUGUAUUGAUGGUAUUGUUGGUGUUUAUAAAAAAAAUUUAAUAAUUUUCACAAUUGAUGAUUUAGAUAAUGAUUUUAAUAUAAAUUCAAUUCAAUUAAAGACAACACCAAAAAAUUUAUUGAAAAAUAAUCAAGAUAUUUUCAUUACACAAAAUUCAUCAUCUUUGGGGUUUAUUGAAAAAUUUGAUCAAGAAUUAGAAUUAAAUAAAUCUAUACAAUUAUCAGAAUCAGAAACUAUUAUAACUUCCACAAUUGUUAAAUUUGAAUCUAAAUCAACUUCAUAUUUGUUAGUUUCAAUUUCUAAAAAACAUGAUAAUGGUUCAAAUGAAUUCUUCAUCAAUACAUAUGAUUUAGAAUUAAACUUGAUACAUAUAACCAAGAUCUCAGAUAUUGCAUAUGCUAUAACAGAAUUCCAAGGGAAAGUUCUUAUAGGUAUUUCAAAUCAUUUACGUUUAUUUGAUAUGGGGUUAAAACAAUUAUUAAGCAAGGCAAAUUCUAAGAUUGAUACCAUAUCAAAAAUUGUUAAAAUUGAAACUCAAGGUUAUAGAGUCGUUGUGGGGGAUAUUAGAGAAUCAAUAACUUUCUUGGUUUAUAAACCUAAAAGUAAUGAAUUUUUAACUUUUACAGAUGAUAUUUUACCACGUCAUAUAACAAGUAUAAAGAUGUUAGAUUAUAAUACAGUUAUUGGUGGUGAUAAAUUUGGGAAUUUAUUUAUAUUAAGAGCUAGUGAAGAAUCUUCAAAAAUAAGUGAUACAAAUUCAACUUUUUUAAUUACAAAGGAUAAAUUUUUAAAUGGUGCACCUUUUAAAUUAAUGAAUUUAUGUAAUUUUUUCAUUGAAGAUAUACCAACUUCUUUUGCAAAAGGUUCAUUUACAAUUGGUGGUAAAGAUCUUAUCAUAUAUACUGGAUUACAAGGUACAGUAGGGGCAUUAAUCCCAUUAUUAACAAAAUCAGAUAUUAAAUUUUUUAUAAAUUUAGAAAAACAAAUGAGAUUGCAUAAACCUGAUUUAUUAGGUCGUAUGAAUUUAAAAUAUAGAGGUUAUUAUCAACCAGUUAAAAAUGUUAUUGAUGGUGAUUUAAUUGAAUUAUUUAAUACAUUAUCUGAAUCAACUAAAGUUGAAAUUUCAAAUGAAUUAGAUAAAACACCAAGAGAAAUUUCUAAAAAAAUUGAUGAAAUUAGAUUUACUUCAAUCUAA